AUGAUUCUUACAGAAAAUAGGAAGGACCCUCAUAAGAGACUUCAAUCUCUAUAGAAGUGCCAUAUUUCUUUUUCAGUGUCUGGAAAUAUUGCCAUUAUUGCUAGGUUUGUUUGCUCCAUCCUCCUUCCCUGUUGCUCUCUCUCUCUCUCUCUUUCUCUCUCUCUCUCUCAUUGAAGCUGCAGGAACCCCUGUCCCACAAUGUCACCUCUCCAGCUGCCACUGCUACUCCUCUGCCUGACCUUGUGUGGUGUUUGCCUCAAUGGUGGGCAGCCCCUCCCAGAGAGAAGUGAGAACAUGGGAAGAGGUCCCCUGGAUGACAUCCUGCAGACAUCUGAAAGCCUCCUUCUUCAGUCUGUCCUCAAGAAAUCUGAAAAGGAAGAAGAGAUUAAUAAGGAAUCAAAUCUGCCAGAAUGGUUUUCCAAAAGACAACACCCUGGAAAAAAGUACCUAAGUGACCUGGAGAAGAGACAGCAUCCUGGAAAAAAAGAUUUUGAGGAAGACAAAUCUUACGGAGACAUUCAGAAGAGGCAGCACCCAGGAAAAAGAGAGAUAGAGGAUGACCUUAGCAGCUAUCUGGAGCUGAGAAAGCAACAGCAUCCUGGCAGAAGGUCACAGCCAGAUCAGAACACUGACAUCCCUAGUGCACAGCUAACCUACUUGAACGAGUUAUCCAAACGGCAGCAUCCAGGCAGAAGGUCCCUGACCUACAAGCACCAGCGUACCCGCCAGAGAGGCUGGAAUGCUGAGGUAGGCCUAAGAGACCCAUACCAUGAGAAACGUCAGCACCCUGGAAAAAGGCACUGGAAUUCUGACAGCCCAGAUGAUGCAAGGCCCUGUGACUUUCAGGAUUCCUCCACCUGUAACCAAGGCAGCUUGCUGCUUGAUUUUGUAGCAAAUGUUAGCAAAGACAGGGUAGAAGAGAAACGUCAGCACCCAGGAAAGAGAUCAGCAUGGGAGAGCGAAACAGAGGAAUGA